AUGGUAAAAAUGCGCUCCGGUCGAGAUAUUCUACACAUAUUCAUAUUAGGUAUAUCUAUAUUGUUCCAGGGAAUAACAGGUAAUAGACAUGUGCCGACAGCGCAGAGGACCCCUCGUCGGUUGCCUGUUGAUGACGAUGUGGAAUAUCUACUGGUACAUAACGCUAGAAGGUUUUGCGAUCGAGACACAAUUAUGGAAGCUGCAUGUGAGAGGCCACUAGAAGAUGCAUUGAAGGCCUGUGGUGGUGUUGAUAAAUGUACAUUUCUUUGCCAUACAGCUAAGAAACGAUUCUCGCCACGAUUGGUCACUGCAAAAGGAGCUUUAGAUACAGAUCCCGGUAUACCAGAAUCUGAUGCUACAUGGAUGUGUAGUGGUUCUGGUUGGACGGCACUAUACCCUAAGAAUGGGUGGAUAACUGCUAUCAAGGGGUCUGUUAUACGUGAAAUGUGCAAACCGUUCACGCUAUGGCUCAACCAGACGGCUGAAUGCCCUAGUGGCAAAGUGAUAGAUAUGGUAAGGGAUCUAACUCCCAGACAAGCAACAAAGAUGUGCGUCACUACCAAAGGCUGUACAUUUUUUACCAUGAGUCUAGAAUCUCAUGAAACAUCAAUGGCCUUUGGUACUCUUGUACACCUAUGCCGAGGUGUACCUGAAAAAAGGUUCGCCCGUGACGGGCAUUUCCUGGCCACCCUGGCUGAAGAAACAGAGAUCUCAACCGUUACUAAACGUGCUCCGAAAUCGCGUAUAGGCUUGUACUACGGCGGACCCUUGACUAACGAUGCCUAUUAUGACGACAAGACCCCUGGGUCUUUGGUCCCGGCGAUGAACUUGUAA